ACCAAGCAAACGCCCGCGUCAGAGUUAAACCUGCUUUCUCUUGUGCAUCGUGAAGACGUCGUCCUCUUGCUAUCUCUUCUACUCCUAGCAACCUUCGUUCGUAAGCUGAACACCUUCCCAAGAAACACUAAGACUCAAUUCGCCAUGUCCCGCAGAGUAAACGCGUCGACCGACGCUGCAAAGGAGGUCACCGCCAGUCCCCCCAUGGACAAGCAGAAGCGACUGCUGGAGGAGUCUGACCCCGGUCACUUCUCCAUGGUCCGCGCAAUGCAUCUUGCCGACUUGAUCACUCUCCUGAACGGUAUAAUUCACUCCGUGCAACUUGAAACUUCAGAGCAUCCUGUACUAACAUUACCUCAUNNAGGCUUCUGCGGCAUCAACUCUGUCAUGUCCUCCCUCCGCUACUGCAUGGGUAACCCUAACGACCUCGGCAACCUCUGGGCUGCUCUGGCCUUCAUGCCCUUCGGUCUCUUCUUCGAUUUCAUGGAUGGCAAGGUCGCUCGCUGGAGAAAGAAGAGCUCUCUGAUGGGCCAGGAGCUCGAUUCGCUCGCUGAUUUGGUACAACUUCUAUUCUCUCACGGCUGA